AUGACAGAAGAGUGUUCCUGCAGAAAGCAAAGCUGCCCCAGAAAGUUAAGGGUGCUGCCCCUAGGGUUUAGAGCUGGGCAUCGUGAAUUCUCUUCAAGUUUUCAAAGUCCUGGAAAGUUUUGAUAAGCAAAUACUUUCUGGGCUCUGCUUCUCUAUUGGCUGUUUCUUCACCGCCAGAUUUUGACACAAAUAAUCUGAUUGAAAAAUCAGGGAGGGGAACAGGGGCAAAAAAACAGAGAGAAAAAAGGAGAAGUAUCUAUUUCAGCAGACAGCAACUAAGUGAAAAAGUGGAAGAAGGAGUCCAGAGAGAAGACAACCUUUCGCUGGGGGCUUGUCUGGGGAGAUUUCGAGGCGAAUCCAGUAAAGCAAAGUCCCCUAAACAGGCAGUGAAUGGAAAAUGCCACGUUCCUUUUUGGUGAAGAGCAAAAAGGCUCAUACCUACCACCAGCACCGCUUUGUGGAAGAUGAUCUGCCUAUAUUCACAUGGGAUCCAAUCUCCUCUGCCUUCACUGCCAUAGGAGACAAGACAGCAGAGGAUGGCAAAAAACAGGACCUAGAAUGCGUGGUUCCAAAACAAGAAAAGGACCCUUCUGAACCAAAAGAAGAAAGUGUCCCCGUCCAGCACCCGAGCAGGAUGCUGCCAGGACCUUCAGCUCAAGAGAUGACCAUCCCAGGUCUGCAGAUCAAAGACUGCACUACCCCGACCAGCACCCCCACCUUCUACAAAACCGGCUUUUCUUGGGACGCUUUCCAUUUGCCAUACAGCUAUCGACAGAUGUCUUCCACCAUGCAGUCAGCCCUCCUGGAGCACCCAGUCAGCCUGUACGGCAGCCACCUCCUGCCAAGCCCCGAGCCCCCUCUGGAUUACAGCAUGCAUUACUCCUCCGACAUGGAGACCUACCACUGUGUGAAGUGCAACAAGGUAUUCUCCACUCCCCAUGGCCUGGAGGUCCAUGUACGAAGGUCUCAUAGUGGGACCCGGCCCUUUGCUUGCGAAGUAUGUGGCAAAACCUUCGGGCACGCUGUAAGCCUGGAGCAGCACACCAAUAUUCACUCCCAGGAAAGAAGUUUUGAAUGCAAGAUGUGUGGGAAGACAUUCAAGCGUUCCUCUACCCUCUCCACGCACCUGCUGAUCCAUUCAGACACGCGGCCCUACCCCUGCCAGUACUGCGGCAAGCGCUUCCACCAGAAGUCCGACAUGAAGAAACACACUUACAUCCACACCGGGGAGAAGCCCCACAAAUGCCAGGUAUGUGGCAAAGCCUUCAGCCAGAGCUCGAACCUUAUCACCCACAGCCGCAAGCACACCGGCUUCAAGCCCUUCAGCUGCGAGCUCUGUGCCAAGGGCUUCCAACGCAAGGUGGACCUACGGAGGCACCGGGAGACCCAGCACAGUCUGAAGUGAGGGAUGGCUCCAGGUCUCUGCUAGAGAUCCCGCUGCCAGCGCCUGCUCCACAGCAGAAGAUCCUCCCCAGCACCUCCAUCCAGCAUGGGGCUGCCCACCUCAUUAAGCUCGUACAGCUUCCCGCAUCGCUCUGGAGACUAACGAAGUCGCGUCGUUGGCUUUGGUGUCCUGGCACCCCAGGGCCUUGUACAGCCUGGUAGGCGACAAAGGAACUCGUGGGAGCUCUCACUUUUUAGUUACAGCAGGUACCAGGCCAGAGCUGACAUCACCUGCUCAAGUGUAAAUCCAGAGGAAUUCUUUAAAGGUUGCUGUUACUCCGGAUUUACACCGUGAGCAGAAGUCAGUUUGGACCAGCAAUGAGGUGGGAACUCCUGGACUAGUGGCAGCAACAAUCUGUGCCAAGCUGGUGCCGUAACCAUGUUCUGCUCUGAUGGUUAGCAAGAUAAGGCUGGGGCAUGCAAAUAGACUGCAUUCAGUGAGCUGUGCUCAACGUGGACAGGGCUUCUGCAGAGACUUGCCCAGGUCAUAAAUUUUGGCAACAGACAUCUAAAAUCAUUUUCUUUCAGCAGAGCAUUUACUGUGAUCAAGUGACAAAUGAACUGUGUUGUAUUUUUAACUUGGAGUGGGAGGAAAAUAAUGAAAAAACUGUUCCUAUCCUUAUAGCUAAUAACAGGGGACUCUGAAUGUAUCUUACAUCCACACCCUACAGCAAAGAUCCAGGGGUUAGAGGCAACCUGGAGAGCUCCGAGAAGAGCCAGGCCACAGCACUAGGCAUAAACUAAUAAGCCCUGCAUCUCACUACCACGCAAGAAAGACUGGCUGCUCUCGGAAUCCAGGCUGGUGUGUCCCACAAUAUUUCACUGUAUGCUGGACUUACUGAAUUAGAUUUUUCCUGAGCAAUCCCGUGUCACUGCGUGGUUGGAAAUGACCCUUGGGUACUGGUGUCAAGGACCAGAGAGGUAUGCUUUCCUGCCCCUCUUAAAGGAGGAAGCAGCCUAGCCCAUACACAUUGGCAUAAUCUGAAUACCUUACAAAUGUUACACAAACAGCAGUGGUACUUCCUUCUUCAUCCAGGUCUAGAGGUUGAAGUAAAGCACUGGAACAGGGAAAGAGCUAGCUCCCCUCUAACCUCUGCUACGUUCUCAGUAUAUAACUUAGGGUAAGUCACUGCACUGCUCUGACUUACUUCUCCACCCCUCUUGGUGAUGGAGUCAUUCACUCAGGUUUGUAAAGUCCCUUGAGUUCUUGAGAGGAAGGACAAAGUAUUAUUACAGCAUUAAAAAGAAGUGCUUUCAGUUACGUGGGGCAUUGUAGCAGCGCACAGACCACCCCAUAACGACGUCCCUGAACACAUGGCAUCGUGCAAUGACACCUGUGGGAAACGGCCUAGAGAAAUACCUAUUUCAUUGCAAAUGCUUAUCAAGGGAGGCUGCCAUCGUGGGCAGAAGAAGAAACAGUCCAAGUGGAAAAGUCAUUCAUUGUCAGGAGAAAAAAGGCCUCAUCCUGCCCUCAGUUACACUGCUGUAAAUCCAAAGCCAUUCUCCUAAGAUCUAAAAUGUACUCGCCCCUGUUUUUUGCUGUGCCUAAGCUGUUCAUCAUUAAUAUGCAUGCUGGAAACUCAAAACAGCGUCUGUACUCCUGGCUUGUCCUUGCACACUGUAAAUAUAUAUUUAUACUUAUUCUAAUGUAUAUUUUUAUUGCAAUACACCAGACAGUUACAACACGUACAGGCCUGCUGGGAUUUAUCUGAUAAAUCUGUUCCUUCUCAGUAACUGAGCUAACACGGGGUAUUUUGUGUUAAAAAACAUUCAUUUCAAGAAAGUCUCGUACUCAGCUCUGGGGAUGCCGACAGUGGGGGUAGAGUGGAAAAGAAGGGGCACAGUACAGCACUGCCCUCGUGGUCAGUUCCUGCCCCAGGGCUCCGACACAAGAGGAAAUCAGGAUGGAAACCCACAUGCAGAACAGCUCAAAGCCCAGGAGCAAAGGACAUCGCCUCAGAGGCGGAUACGUGCAGAGCCCCACACAGGCAGCAGGGCAGCUCUGCAGAGCAACAGGGAGCUGCUACAGCCACACCAGGUGACAGGGGACAGUAUUAUCAGAGCCCCUCUGUUAAAGCUGAGCUGUCCUGCACGGGGUUGUGCCAGAACCUGGCCAGGGCACAGACUCCAAGGGAGGAACCGGUCCCAGGUCCUGACUCUGACACCAGACACACACGAGCACUCACACAUGUACAUAUGCACAAGCCUUGGACAAGGUAAAGGCAUUUCAGCUUAUUAAAACCACUGCCA